AUGGAGGAGAAGGCUGAGCUUAAGGGAAAGAUUCCCCGGGACACGCAGGCAGAUUGUGGGAAGGGCUUCAAGCGCAAUUCCCACCUCAUCACCCACCAGCGCAUCCACACUGGGGAGAGGCCCUACGAGUGCUGCAUGUGUCAGAAGAGGUUUCAGACCAGCUCAAAUCUCCACCUGCAUGAGCGGAUUCACAAUGAGGAGAGGUCCUUCCGCUGCCCCGACUGUGGGAAGGGCUUCAAGCACAACUUCACCCUCGUCAGGCACCAGCGCAUCCACACUGGGGAGAGGCCGUAUGAGUGUGCCACGUGUCCCCAUGUGCAGCCACAGCAAAUGUCCAACAGCAGCUCCAUCAGCCACUUCCUCCUGCUGGCAUUGGCAGACACGCGGCAGCUGCAGCUCCUGCACUUCUGCCUCUUGCUGGGCAUCUCCCUGGCUGCCCUCCUGGGCAACGGCCUCAUCAUCAGCGCCGUAGCCUGCGGCCACCACCUGCACACGCCCAUGUUCUUCUUCCUGCUCAACCUGGCCCUCAGCAACCUGGGCUCCAUCUGCACCACUGUCCCCAAAGCCAUGCACAAUUCCCUCUGGGACACCAGCACCAUUUCCUACACAGGAUGUGCUGCACAGCUCUUUUUUUUGUAUUUCUUCCUAGCUGCAGAGUUUUCCCUCCUGACCAUCAUGUGCUACGACCGCUACGUGUCCAUCUGCAAACCCCUGCACUACGGGACCCUCCUGGGCAGCAGAGCUUGUGCCCACAUGGCAGCAGCUGCCUGGGCCAGUGCCUUUCUCAAUGCUCUCAUGCACACAGCCAAUACAUUUUCCCUGCCCCUUUGCCAUGGCAAUGCCCUGGGGCAGUUCUUCUGUGAAAUCACCCAGAUCCUCAAGCUCUCCUGCUCACAAUCCUACCUCAGGGAACUGGGGCUCAGUGCAGUUAGUGCUUGUUUGGUAUUUGGCUGUUUUGUGUUCAUUGUUUUCUCCUAUGUGCAGAUCUUCAGGGCUGUGCUGAGGAUCCCCUCUGAGCAGGGACGUCACAAAGCCUUUUCCACCUGCCUCCCUCACCUGGCCGUGGUCUCUCUGUUUGUCAGCACGGUUAUCUUUGCUCACCUUAAGCCCCCCGCCAUCUCCUCUCCAUCCCUGGAUCGGGCCUUGUCAGUUCUGUACUCGGUGGUGUCUCCAGCCCUGAACCCCCUCAUCUACAGCCUGAGGAACCAGGAGCUCAAGGAUGCCCUGAGGAAAAUAAUAACUCUAUCUUUUCAGAAGCAGUAA